UACUCCUAUAACAAGAGAGGAAGUACAAUUGAAAGAAGCCAUUCAAAAAAUGUUGCUCGAUAACAUAUUUGCAUUUAAUGAAAUUGAAGUUUCUGAAGAAUCGUCAUUGGACUUUUUGGAUCAAUUUAAAGAAUGUGAGGUUGAAGCUGUUGAAGAAGAUGAUGCAAACGAAAAUUGGUCUGGGGAGACAUAUAUUGGAGUUUGUUCACAGCGUGAUGAAGACGUUGAUGUCGAUUACAAGCGGAAAGCAGUUGCGUUUUGGACAGAGGGAGAAAAAAAACGUAAACUUGCUACUGUUCAACAUAAUUUUAGAUUUGUUUCUUCUGAACGACAAUUACGAAGAUGGGCUUAUCAAAUUGAAACAAGUGGAACUAAAAAAGAAAGAUUGGCUCAAAUUUCGGAAUUCGUGACAACAAAUAUGAAAAAAGCUAUUGAAUCCGGUUAUAUUUUGCAUGAUAGAGAUAUACGACGAUGGGCUUUGCAAGCAUAUAAAGAACAAGGUAACGAUCAUAUGACAUUUAAAGCUUCCAAAACAUGGCUGUAUAAUUUUAAAAAAGCUCAUCGUAUUGUUUCUCGAAAAAUAACAAAAUUUGUAACACGAAAGACAAUAGAAGACGAUGAAGUAUUGAAAAUUAAAGCUACGGACUUUGUCAAUGAAGUAAACCCUUUGAUUACGAGAUACGGAGAUGAAAAUAUGUACAAUUCAGACCAGAGUGGAUUUCAAUUAGAAAUACAUUCUGGACGAACUUUAGCAGUGAAAAGCCAAAAGAAAGUAGAGUGUGUUGUACAAUCUGUACCUUCAAGAACGCAUAGUUACACAAUACAACCAACAAUAACUGCUGAUGGAAGAUUGUUGUCGCCCCUUUUUAUGGUUUUGCAAGAAGCAAAUGGACAAUUUGGACCAAUAGUUCAGAAAACAUUAUUCAAACCGACUAAUGUGUACGUGACUGCAUCAAAAUCUGGAAAACUCACUUCUGCUCAUUUCAAAAUCUGGUUGGAAGAGGUCUUUUUUCCUAAUACUAAAACAACGUCUGUGUUGUUAUUAGACUCUUGGAGUGGACACUGUGAACAAGAUAUACAUAAUGCGAAACCAACGGGUAAAGAAAUUAUAAUUAAGAUGAUACCAAAAGGUACCACUGGCCGAAUCCAACCUCUAGAUGUUUAUGGAUUUAGGGUGUGGAAGAAUUAUGUUAGGCGUUUCUCCGAUGAUGUGCUGUUACAUGAUUACGAUAUUAAUCUCCAUUUAAGAAAUAAUAUAAUUAAGUUACAAUCACUUGUACACAAUCAACUAUCUUCACCAAGAUAUAAAAAUCUAUUCCAGUAUGCUUGGUACAAAAGUGGAUACACAGAAAAAAAAUCAGGAGAUUUUGUGAAUCCUGUAGAUUUUGCUUUCGAAGAGAACACACAAAUGAAAUGUGCACUCUGUGAUGAAAUACCAAUAAUUAGAUGCUCUUGGUGUAAGAAAGCAUUUUGUUUAAAACAUUUUUUUCAUGAAUAUCACUUCUGCGACAAAUAUGAAUAUUAAGUAAACCAUUUUGUAAACUGCAUGUAUCUUACAAAAGCUUCAGAUUAUAAAUUUAUACCACAUAUACAUACCUAACAUACACGUGAAAUAUAAUUGUACCAAUCAUGUAACUAGUACCGGAAAUUAAUUUACAUUUAUUAUAUUCCUUACUAUCUGUAUCGCAUAUUAAUACGCAGAUAUGUACUAAUAUAAUUUUUAUUAAUCUUGUAA